AUGAGCGAGCGGAAACGUUCGGCAACAGCAAUCGGACAGUCAACUACAAAGCGCAUUCGCCUUGGCGGCUCAUUAGAGGAUCAAGCCGCAGAUGCAACGUUUGGAGCAAACUUUCGGCCCUGCAAUCUGACGAAGGAUGCUUUCACCGUGGGAUGGAUAUGCGCUUUGGAGAUCGAGUUGGCUGCAUCCGUAGCUAUGCUGGAUGAAGAACUUCCGACUUCAUCACAGAUUUAUGGCGAUCCCAACACCUACACCUUGGGGCGUAUGGGUGAACAUAACGUCGUGAUGGCAUGCCUCCCAGCAGGAACGACAGGUACGAAUGCUGCAGCGGCGGCAGCGACCAACAUGAUGCGCAGUUUUCCGAACGUCCGCUUUGGCUUGAUGGUGGGCAUUGGAGGGGGAGCUCCGGGAAUGCCUAGCGAUGACCCGCGAGAGGAUAUUCGGCUUGGCGAUGUGGUGGUUAGCUGCCCUACUGUUGAUUCUGGCGGUGUUCUACAAUACGACUUUGGCAAAACCAUGAGCCAAGGCAAAUUCGUCCAGACUGGUUCGCUGAACAAAGCGUCACUGGCAGUGAGAACCAGCGUAUCGACACUGCGAGCACGCCAUCAGAGGGAAGGAAGCCAAAUCCCGACACAUAUCGAUACCAUGCUACGGUUCAAUGGAAUGAUGCGUGGGCGUUUCGAUCACCCUGGCCUGGAGCAAGAUCAGCUAUUUCGAGCCGAAUACAAACACAUUGAAGGCGAAUCAACAUGCGAGUGCUGCGAUAGGGGAGCUCUAUUGAGUCGACGGCCUCGUCAGGACAAAGACCCCGUUAUCCAUUAUGGCCUCAUCGGCUCGGCAAAUCAGGUCAUGAGGCAUGGCUUAACCCGAGACAGGCUCCGGGAAGAAAAGGGCAUCCUCUGCUUUGAAAUGGAGGCCGCAGGACUUAUGGACAGCCUCCCAUGCCUUGUGAUUCGGGGCAUUUGCGAUUAUGCCGACUCACACAAAAACAAGAAGUGGCAACCCUAUGCGGCGGUAACAGCUGCUUCAUACGCCAAGGAGAUUCUGUCGGUUAUUCCUGCUGCUGAAGUAGCUAUCCCGUCCGACCUGAACCCCUCUGCUUUAUAUGAUACGAUUCGGUCGACUGUUGAUGGAAUGGAGCUGGAACAAUUGCUUCAGCUUCUGCCGGCACUGGGGCAAGAACAACGCUUACCUGAAGUACCAAAACUUGACCCAGACGACCCUUUAUUUGCCUGGGUGUUCAGCAACAUGGACUACCGGUCUUGGAUGUCUGCCGAUGGCCCGCCUGUCCUUUGUCUUUUGGCUCCUCCAGGUCUCCAAAUAUCCCGAGCCUCAUCCUGCGUUGUGGAACAGCAAAAAAAGUCUAAUCGCCUUGUUUUAUCCUUCUCAUGCCCAAACAUCGUCAGAAGCGCUCAUGUCACUAGCCAGUCAUUUGCGUAUGGGGACAUCAGCCUCUCAGCCGCCCUCAUUUACACAUUCUUGAAGCAGAUUGUGCACUUUUCGCCCAUCUGCAAGAAAAUACUCAUCAUCCGCACGUUUUUUAAUGAGCUACUGCAGAAAAUCUUUCAGAAUGAAAGUAUCCAAAAAUGGCUCAACGAUGGUUUUCACAGGAAGGGAUCCUUCAAAGGACUGCAGGAACUCCUGCGCAAUGUGUCGGCAGAGGACCUUUUGGACGCUUUUAGAAUAAUUCUGGAUGGUUUAGAGCAACGACCUUCCAUGAUUGUGCUCGACGGAAUCGACGCAGGAACUGAGUCGGAUUCAAUUUUUCGCCAUGUCAGCAUACUUCUGAACGACCUUCACCGACGGAACACGAAUACCAAAGUAUUACUUACAGGUCAAGCGCCAUUGAGUGUUGAGAAAUACUUUCCGCGGGUUUUGCAGAUCGAGCACGAUAAAGAACGAAAUGGUCUGUUUAUCUCAAAACAACACUGCGGCUCCUUCGAGUGGAUUUGGGCACAUAGCCAGUAUGAAAGCUGGUCCGCUCCGGAAACUUCACGACUUCUCUAUAUCCAAGGAAAACCUGGCAGUGGCAAAAGUACUCUGACAAAGUACUUUGAUCGCAACCUCCAAACCAAGGAGCCAGCCGCCAAGGGAGCUGUCGUGGCAAAGUUCUUUUAUAGCUUUCGAGACGGCGAACUUCAAAGGAGCCACUUCAAUAUGCUCCUCGCUCUCCUUCAUGACAUCGUGUAUCAGGACGAGGCCUUCUUCUAUCAUCGAUGCCAAUUCGAGUAUCGCCUUCAGCGGCAAUGCGGCCCUGACAUAAUCUGGGACUACGAGUCGCUGAAGAAAAUACUAAGAUCAUUACAGGACUAUCCCACAUCAAAGAGAUUCUACCUUGUUAUUGAUGCAGCGGACGAAUCCGAGGAAGUAGACAGACGGAAUGUCUUGAGCCUACUUUACGACAUAUGUUCCAAAAUGAAGUACUGUGUCGUCAAGAUAUUCAUUGCAAGCCGACCAGUCGCACAGUUAGAAGCCCGCAGGGACAAAGCUCUCGACUUCAUCAGACUACAAGAUGAGAUAUCGUCAGAUAUCGCCAAGUUUGCAGAUUCUUUACUCCAGGGUCUUGACCUGACCCAUCUCCUUGCGCAAAUGAUCGACUACAUACUCAGAAAUGCCCACGGAGUGUUUCUUUGGGUUAAACUGGUCGGAGAAGAGCUGAUAAGAUUCCACGAGGAUGGAUACUCUGAACAGGAAAUGUUCGAAAUGUUGAAGCAAAUUCCUACCGAGCUCAAGGACGUCUAUGCGCGAAUGCUCGAUAAAAUGAAAGCCAACAAGUUGUGUCUGUCGCAUGGCUUGAGGAUGCUUCAGUUUGUGAUCUUCGCAAGGCGACCUCUUACGGUGGACGAAGUGCUUCAUAGCUUGGGUGUUCCCGAUAGUUUGGAUAUCGAUCCGGCACUGGACCUCUCUGAUGACUCAUUUGAGAAACGAGUCCCAACGUCUGAGAGAUUGAUCAUCUCUUGUGGGGGUAAUUUUCUGGAGAUUAAGCAGCACAAUGACAAAAGGACGGUUCAAAUCAUACACCAGACUGUCCGCGAGUUCUUUCUCGACGCUACCGGGGUUGCAGCUAAAUCCGAGUUUCGAAUCGAAAAGGCACAUGCAAGUCUCUGCCUGGCCCUAACUUGCAUCCGAUACCUUACGAUCUGUGCAGCCGGCGCGUCCAAGAGAACUUUCUCCAAUACACCACGCGGGCUUCUGGAGUUUUAUGACUACCAAGCGCAGUACCUGGACACAAGGCCUCUGGCAUCCUAUGCGCUCUGCUAUAUGCAAUGUCACAUUGAUGACUGUUGGGAUGACGUUCUGAGGAGGACCAACAUGCAACAUCUCGUUCCCCUUUUGAGGGAAUAUCGUUUACAUUACCCCGUUGAUCCCUUGACGACUAGCCUAGCUGCUUUAGAUCCUAGACAGGCUGAUCCGAGGCAAAGACCUAGUGAAAUCUUACUGGCCGCUGCUCGAGGUGGCUUUGCUGUUGCAGUUAACACGUUACUAUCAGCCCGGGCGCGUAUCAAUCACGUGGACGCUUCUGGACGCACCUCCCUUUCGUGGGCUGCUCAAAAUGGGCACGAGGCUGUAGUGAAGUUGUUACUCAGGAGUUACACCGAGGUCGACUUCGUCGAUCAUUCCGGCAGCACGGCGCUGUCGUGGGCUGCCGGGAUGGGACGCAAAGCUAUAGUGAGGCUGCUGUUGGCGAACGGUGCCAAAGUCGACCUGCCGAGUUCCCAAGGUGCCGCGCCGCGUCCGUGGGCUACUAGUGGUACUUUUCUGUCUUUGAGGGACUCCCUGCUCUCCAGAGUGCGUCGUUGUAGCAAGUGCGGUUUGAAAUCGGUGCCCCCUUGGCUGCGUGAUCACGAGAUGGUUUCAGAUGAGCCAGAGCAUGUAUGUAAAGGGAGAGACGAUCGUAACAAGCUGCACUGGGUCCUUUCGAGUAACGGAAGCGCUGUUGCUAGGCUAAUGGGAUAG